CUGAUUGGCUGAGCGCCUGGUAGGGAUUGUUUUGAUGGAGCUGUGCCUUGUCUGUGAAGAGAGAGCGCGGCCAUUUUGUUAUAGUUCGGCUGUAAAUUUGUUAAUAAGGCGAAGAACAACAAACUCCAACAUUAUGUGAUGUCACAUGAUCUUCAUUUUAAAUAAUACUCGUGAUUAGAGUCGGAGUCGUGCAUGUGUGUGUGUGUCUAAGUGUGUGUAAGUGUGUGAGUGUGAGUGUGUGUGUGUGUUUGUUAUGGAGGAGCGAGCAGACUCGGGCUGGGAGUAGAUGUGAUCCGCAGACAGCGUUCCGGUGCUGACAGAGGUCGCUUUCUCCGGGACAUUUUCUCCACGGAGUCGCUGUUAUGAAUGGAGGAUAAAUAACAAUACUAAUUAUAAUAAAUGGUGGCGACAUCUGACCGCAGCUCUUCCCGCCUCCUCCUCGCGCUUCUCUCCGUCCUGACGCUCACGGAUCCGCCGCUCACCGGGCCGCGGUUAUCACUGGCCACACCACUGUCAGAGCCGCGUUGCGCUGAGGACCAGUUCGCAUGUCUCAGUGGGAGGAUGCAGUGUAUCCCCCUGGACUGGAGGUGUGAUGGCUGGACCGCCUGUGAGGACAAGAGUGACGAGAUAGACUGUCCUCCGAUGAAGGAGGAGCGAUAUCGCUAUGGCAGUGGCUUUGAUCAGAUGGAGGACGUGAUGGGUGUGGCUCAGCCAGUGCGCUUUAACAAAAAAUGCCCGAGUGGAUGGCACCACUAUGAGAAGACUUCAAGCUGUUACAAGGUGUAUGAGCGAGGGGAGAAUUACUGGCAGGCUGGGGAGACGUGUCAGAGAGUGAACGGCUCACUCGCCACCUUCAGCACCAACGAAGAGCUGCAGUUCAUCCUCAAGAUCGACCAGAGAGUGUGUGAGCGCAGAGACCAGUGCAGUUUCUGGGUGGGCUAUCAGUAUGUCAUCACCAAUCAGAGUCGAUCGUUUGAAGGCCGAUGGGAGGUGGCCUAUAAAGGCUCUGUGCAGGUGUUUCUCCCCCCAGAGGGAUUGUGGAGUGUGUCAGAGGCGAGUGUGAAGCAGGACAGUGUGUACUGCGCACAGCUGCAGCGUUUUCACAACAGGAAUAUGAACGAGCGCGGCUUACACAGCUGGCACACUGAAAACUGCUACAAACCCUUCCCUUUUCUCUGCAAAAGACGACAGACUUGUGUGGAUAUCCGGGAUAAUGUGGUCAGUGAGGGUCUGUACUUCACGCCCAAGGGGGACGACCCGUGUCUGAGCUGCACAUGUCACGACGGCGAGGCGGAAAUGUGUGUGGCGGCACUGUGCGUGAGGCCGCAGGGUUGCACACACUUCACAAAGGACCCUAAAGAGUGCUGCAAAUUCACCUGCCUCGAUCCGGAUGGCAGCAGUCUGUUUGACUCCAUGGCAGGUGGUAUGCGUCUAAUCAUCAGCUGUAUCUCGUCGUUCCUGGUGUUGUCUUUGCUGCUUUUUAUGGUACAUCGCUUACGGCAGAGACGCAGAGAGCGCAUUGACACAUUAAUUGGAGGGAACUUGCACCACUUUAACCUGGGCCGACGUGUUCCCGCCUUCGAUUAUGGCUCUGAUGUGUUUGGUACUGGUCUCACACCACUACACCUGUCUGAUGAUGGAGAGGGUGGGGCUUUCCACUUUCAGGAGCCACCACCCCCUUACGCAGCAUAUAAAUACCCUGAGCUCCGCCCACCAGAUGAGCCCCCACCCCCUUAUGAGGCUUCCAUCAACCCCAACUCUCUUCUCUACAUGGGACUUGGCCUGAAUGGUACACAGGACAGUGGAGGAGGUGGAACUCUCUGCAGAACCCCUCUUCAGGCCCCACCCCCUCCCCUUGAGGAGAGGGCAGAAUCUAUUGACAGCAGCACAAUGUUGGUGACCCCAGACACACCCACAGAGACCGAUGACCUCAACCUUAGCUCCGCCCUGGAUUCCACUAACACCACCUCGCUCAGUACGGUGGUUUGAGGAAAUGGGUGUUUGAUUGUUGUGGGCUGGGCCUCAGGAGGAAGAGGAGGAUGGGUUUCUACAAUGAACUGACGUGUGUGUUUUAGUUUCAGUACGGUUGUUAAGUGUAAAUAUGGCUGCUCGUUUUACUUUCUUCUUCUCCACAGACUGAUAAUGACAAGGGCCGGAGCUUCAGCUGUUUUUCUGUCUUCUGUUGUGAAUGUGUGUUGAUGCUCCUGACCUUCCGUCUUCAUGACCCGCACAGCUGACGCUUCAGAGUUCAGUCCUGCACAUGGAUGGGUUUCAUGUUGUUAGAUCCUGAAUGACCCCUGACCUUUCACCUUUUUAGACCUUUGCCUCCCUCAUCCCGCUAUAAUAGCCUUGUCCCCUUCAAGGGCUGUGUCGUUAAUGCUGCAUUUACAUGGUGGUGUUGAACAAACCCUUGCUCUGUGUCUCAUCGCAGAAUUGGUGUAUACAGUGACGGUACGUGACCGAUGGCAGCAUGCAGCCAUGUAAAUGUUGCCAUGGUAAUGGUGUCAAGUUUUGCACCUACAGCACAUAUCUAUCAAAAUAGUCGUUUUAUUUUUUAUUGUAGAUCACCAGGUGCGCCUAGGCCAUUAGGCUCCCAUGUUUCCCAGAAAACCUGGGUGCCUUUUGUUUAGUCGUAUGACGCUUUAUUGUCUCUGCAUUAUUUUAAGCUGAAGCUCUGCACAGUGCUUUGUUUGAACUCGAUUUGAUUGGAAAAAUCUCCUGUAAACAAUUCUAUGCCAUUUUCUAAAUGUUAUAUUCAUGUACCGAAGUAAUGAAAAUGUAUUUUUUUAACCUGCAUUGACAUUUACAGGGCUUUAACUAGGUGUACGCCAGCUCUCGGGUGAAGGUGUUGUGCGUGUAACAAUUGUGUUUCGUUAGCUUUUAAAUAACGUAUGUGGUAGCUACCCUGAUCAUAAAAUUCCUUUUUUUUUUUCCUUUUUCCAAAAACAUUUAAAAGUAUGCACACCUUUUUUGUCAGCAAAUUUAAAAUUUAGCCAUUAAAAUCUGGUCAGGUUGGUUAGGUAUAAUGUAAAGUUCAGAUCCUUUGCUUUUUGUAUGCAGAUAAUUUUUUUUUUAUAUAGGAAAAGUCUCUAAAGGGGGUUGUGGACCCAGUACCGUCAGGCCCAAGGGGCCCUGUCCAUGAAUGAUUACAGUGUAUUCGACCACUAUGGCAUGACAGCAGAAGUUAGUGAUUAUGGAAUUAAUUUAUCUAGUUUAUUAAUCUAAGUUAAUUUUCUUCAGGUGUACAGUUGAACAGCUGUUAUCACCAGCUCCAAUUCAAUUUUGAUCUAAUCAGACACAGCCCUUAUAGUGCUCAUAAUCCUUAUAGAGCGAUGCAGCCUUCAUGGGGGAGCCCUGAUAGAAGACAGCCAUGUUGGGGGUUGGAAGCCCUUAUGAGGGAACAUGGCGCUUUAUAGAGGACUUUACGGGGGAGCUUAGGGUCUGCAUUCGCCCGGUCUGUCUUUGAACAUUAACACGGUGUGGGAGUGUGUGUGCGUCUGUAGCCACACAUCUUCGGACAGGGGCUGCUAAGUGUCAGCCCUAUUUCAGACAGGACGGUAAACGGAACCGAUUUAAACCAGAUGCUGCGAUGUGGAUAUUCAGACACAACAUUAGUCACCGAACCUGGUUUUUAAAAAGUGUUUUGAAAUGGAUUUAAAUGACCCAAUGUACCAACCAACACAAAAAAACAAAAGCAAUAACAAAAGAUGAAAACAGGUUGUACAUGAAUAUUGCAAAAUGAUCACAAUAUUUUUUGAACAACAUGUUUCACUUUAUUUUAAAUGGCGAAUAAGUGACAGAAGUACACACAGUGCAGAAUGCCCCAAGUCAGGAAGAAAAUGCUUCCCCAGGGCUGGACUGCAGCAUGUAUGUUCCUUCCUGUCUGAAAUAGGUACACAUGGAAACAAAUUCAUUCACUACUGUAUCAUCCCUGUUUGUGUUUGUGCGUGAAAGAGAGAGAGAGAGAGAGCGAGCGAGAGUGCUAUUCUGGUAUCACAGCUAAGUCUGGUAGUCUAGUUAGGUACGGCCCAAAAUUCAGCAGCAUUUGAUCACAGUUUUAGGGUUCUCGAUAACACUAUGGUGUGAUAUGUUGUACAGUCAGUUAUUGACAUCAACUCAAGAAUGUUCAUGGACUUGGAAGACACAGUAAACCCAUUCUCAGACACUAUUUAACCAACCCCUUUUAAUCUUUGACCCUCUGGUUGAUUGGCACAGACAAUCCUCAGUGAAAUGGCAAUUUUACUGUCUCUUCUUGAUCACGUACUGAGAAGAGUGUGGUGCCGAUGGACUCUGUCGAUACCAAGCAUCUCCUCACAGGUUGAUUUGAUUUCUGCGUUUGUCAUUGCCGCUCUGCAUGUUUUUCUCCGCGGCGUGAGGAGUUUUAACAAGAAAACACUAAUAAAUCAAAUGUUUUGUGUAAAAUGCUACAACUGCUACAUUUUAAUGUUUAAUUUCAGGUUUUUAAUGUAAGUUCUUGUUAAGGUUUUGUUGCAGGGUUUUGUGUUGUAUUCUGAUGUCGAUGUAUAGCUCAUCAUCAUCAGGCGCCAAAUAAACUUCACUGAAGGAUAA